AUACAUUUGCCUUAUAUUCUGUAGUACCAUUACAAAUUUACCUCUCACCUCUUCAUUGGCACGGCAAUAAUGAUAUCAUAACCUAUGUAUAGUGUCUAAAAUGGAUAUAUUACCUUCGCCCCUGAUUACAUCUCCCACUACUCUAAUUCUAUCUCCCCCUGCCCUUAUUUACGAACUUCCUUUUUAUGGUCCUAGUUCCUAAAGGUUGUCAUAUCAGUAAGUUCUGGUUAUGGCUGGUUUCUAGCAUAAGAAAGGCCUCUAGUUCCUAGGUACAAUUCUCAGGCUUCAGUCUAGCUCACGAGAUUAGAAACGUAUACAAUGUAGUUUCUUCACAGGCCAACCUGUCUUCUUAAAAUUCUGUAAAAACAAUACAACUCUGUUUCCCAUAUUCUGGAAUUUCAAAGAGGCGAGUGGGACACCGUUUUAUGAGACAUCCUCAGAGGCUCACCCAGGACUUUCCUUCCUGUACAUUUUUUAUUUUGGGUUACCGAGGCCGAGGAAACUAUUUUACAUUAUGGCAGUUCGUGGUAUCAGGCAGUUUUCAGAUAGCUUAGGAAAACAAGAUUAAACAUAUUUUAUACUUGAUUCCCGAACUGCAUAUAUUACAAAACUGGGGGGGGGGGGGAUUUUCAAGGAAAACAUUUAAGAGAGAACCUGAAUUAUUUUUUUUAGAGGAGUCAGUUAUUCUUGUGCCGCCAACAUAACGCCACAUCUUCGGAACUGCACGAAAAAACACGCCUUCAGCUUCCUGUAAUUCCACAAAAUCCGCAAUGUUCGUUUACUGUCAAACCAAUUAUAUGAAGGAAUCCAGUAUUAUCCCGCGUUGUUUUGUUUUGAAUAUUCAAGUAGAGACCGGCGACAGAGUCAUGAGUCCUCCAGGCCACAGGCGGCGCAUGGACAGAUCUCGCCUCCUCCAGCCCCUUUCCACAGCUCAAAACAGAUUCGCUCAAACAUUCGGUUUUCGAUUCUCGGUCCUAGACCGAGCAGAGGUUAUGAUUAACUCACAGUCUCACUUCCGCACUUCGGAGGAAGAGGAAAAAGGAAAGCAAAGCGAACAACUUCCAAAGAAGACGCUUCGGGAAGAAAAAAAAAAGAGAGGAGUGACUGAACGUAAAGUGCGCAUGCCCAAUCAGCCUUCGCACUAACUGCGCAUGCGUUGGCGGUUAUACUCAUCAGGACAAGGGAAGAAUCCCGAGAGUUCAAAGCUGCAGGCGAGACCCUGCCCCUUCUUCUCCAGAGUAACCGUCAUUUUCCUCUCGUGGACGGUUUCCCCUCGGACCUUUUUCAGUCUCGGACCUGUCAAGACGAGAGAUAGGAUGCUCGGUGGUGUCUUGAUCCAGGCCGGUCCCUGCGCUGAGUGAGACAAGGCCAGGCCGGUCGGCGGGUGACCGGGAAAGGGAUGUCGCCACCGUACCCCGACGUUGGGUUUUGCCGCUGCCGCCUUUGGCGGCUCCCGCUGCCUCUGCCCUCCUCCGGUGGUUCUGGUGGCUGCCCGCGACCUUCACUCCAAGCCCGGGAGCAACGUCGGGCUCGGGCUCGGCACUGAUUCCCGUCGUUUUCCCCCACCCCACCCCUUAGGGGGCGGGACGGGGUAGGCAAGAUGCAAGCGGCUCCGCUGCAGUACGAGUUCUUCAGUGAAGAAAAUGCACCCAAGUGGCGGAGUCUGCUUGUGGCCGCCCUCAAAAAGGUCCAGAUGCAAGUCCACCCUAAACUAUCUUCCACAGAUGAUGCUUUGCAGUAUGUUGAGGAGUUAAUUCUGCAGUUACUAAAUAUGCUGUGUCAAGCUCAGCCAAGAAGUUUCUCAGAUGUAGAGGAUCGUGUCCAAAAAAGUUUUCCUCAUCCGAUUGAUAAAUGGGCAAUAGCUGAUGCGCAAUCUGCCAUUGAAAAGAGAAAGCGAAGAAAUCCAUUAUUUCUUCCAGUAGAAAAAAUUCACCCACUCUUAAAGGAAGUCUUGGGAUAUAAAGUUGACCAUCAAGUGUCUGUUUACAUUGUAGCUGUAUUGGAAUACAUUUCUGCAGAUAUUUUAAAAUUGGUUGGAAACUAUGUACGAAAUAUAAGACAUGAUGAAAUUACUAAACAGGACAUCAAAGUGGCAAUGUGUGCUGACAAGGUGUUGAUGGAUAUGUUUCAUCAAGAUGUAGAGGAUAUUAGUACCCUGACGUUAUCUGAUGAAGAACCUUCCACAUCAGGAGAACAAACCUAUUACGAUCUUGUAAAGUCAUUCAUGGCAGAAGUUCGACAAUAUAUAAGGGAAUUGAAUCUCAUAAUAAAAGUUUUUAGAGAACCUUUUAUUACCAAUGCAAAAUUAUUUUCAGGGCAUGAUGUAGAAAAUAUAUUCAGCCGAGUAUCAGACAUUCAUGAACUUAGUGUGAAGUUGCUAGGUCAUAUUGAAGAUACAGUAGAAAUGACUGAUGAAGGCAGUCCCCAUCCAUUAGUAGGAAGCUGUUUUGAAGAUUUAGCUGAGGUAGGUAACAUUAUAAUAUUAUUUAUGAAUGUGCUACUAUGCUCCAUUUUCCUAUUUUUCCGACUCGGGUAUAUCAUACUUUUUUUUUUAAUGCUAUUUAUGUUGUCAGCAGUUUCUUUUGGCCCCAAGAUUGAAGUAUGACGUUGCUAUACUUUUUAAGUGUAUUUAGCAGAUUGUGCUGCCUGUGGUUGUAGUUUCACAAAAAAGUUAGUUAUCAGGGAUUUAUAAAUCAGUUUCAGUCUUAUACAAAACAUUCCUUCUAUUUAAAGAAAAAAAAACUCUUUAGCAUGCAAAAACUAUUAAAUAGAUUUGAAAGUAGCGAAUUUAGUUUGAUGAUUAAUCUGAUUUGGAGAUUAAUAAAAUCACCUUUAGAUUGAAUCACCAAAUCAAACCUUUCUCAACGCUAUUAACAGAAGCGGAAGAUGCUUCAGUCAAACAGUGGUUCAUUACUUUCAGAUACUCUAAAUUAAACUUUUGUUUUUGAUCUAGUGUUUGUUUUAGGGAUUCAAUCUUGGUUGCCCUCUGGAAUAAUUUUUGUUGUAUGAAAGACAGAGGAGGUGUGAUCAUGUUGAUUUUCCUGGACUUCUUGAAUCCUUCAGUCAUUUGAUGAAGCUAGGAGUCAUUCAAUCAUUUGACAAGCUAAAGUUCUGCAGUUAAGUCUUAGUGUCAUCUUAUUUAGUUUACUAUAAAUUAAACUUCAGUUAGUACAAAUACAUGACUAGGCUACUGAGGGGAACUGAAUAAUGUAACCAUACAAUAACAUUGUACAAUAAUACAAUAAUAUCUCAUUACUUUCUAGUAUCUCAUUGCUUUCUAGACCUAAAGCCCUUUCCUGGCAUUGUGCAAAUUGAUGGAGAGUUCAAGAGAAAGGGAACACACAGUUAAAGCCCCUACCUUUCUCUUCAAUGUAUAGAUCCUAAAGAGGAGCUAUAUUUAUGUUGCUAGAAGAUAGGCUUGUUGAGGACAGAUAGUCCUUAAAUUAUGAUGGUAAUUGGGACCAGAAUUUCUGUUGCUGAGCGAUGUGAUUUUAAAGCGUGAUAUCAUAUACCUGCAUCACUUAGUGACAGCAAUACUGACAGUCUUUGUUGCCGUCAUUAUCAUGUCCCAUUGGUCAUUAGGCAAAGACCCAUCUUGAUCCAAGCCAUUCCUGGCUUGAUCCUUUUCAGCCUGAGCCUCAGUGAGGUAAGGGACUGCCUCUUCUUUCUCUCCUCCCACUCACAUAUCUCCCAUUCCCAUCUCAGCCCUUUUGGCUUCUCUGCACAUUAGCAUAACUUGGUGCUGAGGCCAAAGAAGAGGUCGAGAGUCUUUAGCAGCUUAACCACCACUACAACCACUGGUCCUCUA